ACAGGCGCCGUCCUUCACGCACCGGAAGUUAAUACAAAUACACGCAAGGUGAAAGAAGUUGCAAAGUAGUGUAAACAAUUCCGUGUUAUUGCGCACGUUGCUACUACAUUAGGUCGUUUUUGUACAUUUUCAUUUUAUGUAACAUUUUAAAGAUAUUUAAUUAGUCGUGGGAGGGUUCAUUUGCCGCUGCGUUACUUUAAAGCGUAGCUGCUAGCUUAGCUUAGCCUAGCUGCUAGCUGCUAAGAAAGAGACAAAACGGAAGUGAUCGACGCUUCGCUAAGUGUGCGUGGAAAGUGUGAAAAUGUGUCAAGUAGAAAUGCUGAGAGUGUUGCUGAACCAGCGACUUACCGGCGCUGUUGAAGAGAUCUUUGAAGAGUUAGCGAGGACGGUAGCAAAGUUAGAGGAGGAACUUUCUAGAACAAAAGAGGAGAACGAGCGACAACGUCAACUACUGGACGCUCUUUUCAACAAACAUCAAGUGGUGUUGCACAGAACAGACGUCUCGCAGUUGCUGACCACGGGUGAAGAGCAACAGGAGCGGAGUUCCAGGGCGCAGCCGGAGGAGGAAGAGGAGGAGCCGCAGCCCCCUGACACUGAAGUGGAAGAAGGGGCUCCACAACCGCGGCCCCGCAUUAAAGAGGAGGAGCAGAAUGACAACAUGGGUCUGGAGGGAGAGCCUCUGGAAAGGCUGGAGGAGUUCCCAGUGGUCGAUGUCGUCGUGAAGAGUGAAGAUGAAGAGGUCAAAGGUGAAGGAGGGGCGCAGCCUCCAAGCAGCAGCUCAACUCAGCCCCCGAGAAGAGAAGGUGAUGGAGGAUCACCAGCAGACAUGAUGUUAGCUCCACUGUCAGAUGAUGACGACACAACCUCACACUCUGCUGAUCAGGAAGAAGACUCGGAAGCCGGUGUGAGACGUCGCACCGACAACCCCCGCCAGGACGUCUCUCCAUGUGACAAAAGUUACGGCGGCAAGGCGAAUCUAACGAGACGCUUGAAAAAUCCCCCGAAAGAAAAACUCUUCACCUGUUGUCAGUGCGACAAAACUUUUAACAGCUGGAAAACUUUAAAGGCACACAAGCUCUGUCACUCCCAGGAAAAACCAUUCGGGUGCACCGAGUGCGAUAGAAGCUUCUCCCGGAAGGAUUUCUUGACCACGCACAUGCACACGCACACCGGGGAGAAACCGCUCGCCUGCACGCAGUGCGACGCCCGCUUCAGGCACCGCUCGGGACUGUUUUUCCACAUGAGAAAACACACGGGACACACCACUCACGCCUGCGCCGUGUGCGGCCGCCGCUUCUACCUCCAGGAGAAGUUGAUCGCCCACGCCAGGAAGCACGCGGAAGUCAAACCCUUCAGCUGCGCGGUCUGCAAAAAAGGCUUCGGCGAUCAGUCGGCCGCGCUGGUCCACCAGAGGACGCACGCCGUGGCGGACCCGUUACGCUGCUCCGUUUGCGCCCAGACUUUCUCCAACAAGUUCAGCCUGUGCAAACAUUUGAAGACGCACGCUCAAGUCAAGCGCUUCUCCUGCUCGUUCUGCGGAAAAAAAUUUGGCCGGAAUCAAACUUUGGUGGCGCACACCAGAUUGCAUACUGGCGAAAAACCCUUUUCCUGCCCUAUCUGCCACAGAGGGUUCAGUUACAAUUCAUCGCUGACGAACCACCUGCGAACACACACACAGUGAUGUGAGGAUGUUUCAAGGCCUACUGGAAGCCACUACUAGCCACCACGCAGUCUGAUAGUUUAUACAUCAAUGAUGAAAUAUUAACAUUGCAACACAUGCCAAUACAACCUUUUUAGUUUACUAAAGUGCAAUUUUAAAUUUCGAGCCGAAAUAUCCUGCUGAAACGUCUCGGUAUGAUGACAUGUGCGUGUGACGUCACGCAUUGUAGAGGACAUUUUGUUCCAGCAUCGAUCCCAGCUAUUAAGUCGUCUGUUUCCAUCGCGAAAUUCCACAGUAUUCUGGACAUCUGUGUAGCUGAAUCUUUUGCAAUUUGUUCAAUGAACAAUGGAGACGUCAAAGAAGAAAGCUGUAGGUGGGAAGCCGUGUACUGCGGCCGGCUUGAGCAACACAAACACAGCCGGUGUUUCAUUGUUUACAUUCCCAAAAGAUGACAGUCAAGCUUUACUACGGAACAGAGAUGUCAAGCGAACACGGUUGGAUUGGACCACACACACAAAGUACAGUGUAUUAUGCAGCGAUCAUUUCGAAAGAUCGUGUUUCGAAGAGGGUCCCUUGCGAAGGGCAGAGAUGGGCAUCGCCACCACCUGUCGACUGGUGCUGGGGCCGACCUUCAGGUUGUACAGGUACGACCAUAUAAUCUCACUAAAACACUAGUAACACAAUAAGCAGAUAAGGGUUUUUCCAGAAUGAUCCUAGUAAAUGUGUCUAAUAACAACA